GUAAGAACUGAGUUACUCAACUCAGAAAGGAAAACUGUUUGGGGGAAAUCCAUCACCUCCCACCUGUUCUAAAAUAAUGGCAAAAAUUAAAGGGUGUUUGAGCAGCGUGGAGCUCCGCUCCAGACAGAGUGAGGGGAACUUGAGAGCGCUCGGGUCAGUGCUCUGCGAUCGCCUGGCUACGCUCACGCUUCCCGAUGCCCCGCGACACGCAGAGCAUUUCGCCUCUGCAAAAUGCUGCGUCCUGAAUUCCGGGUGAGAAAUUGAGAGCAUCCCUUCAAUACUGGCGAGCGCGGGGUUUGUUUACAGUCUCACUGCAUUUCCAUGGAAACUCUAAUUGUCAUACCGUGCAACGCUACAAGAACAGGCUCCGGAUACCGCACGGAGCAGCCUCCCGAAAUGCGCCCGCGCAGCGGCUCCAGCCCUGACCCCGCCAGCGGCCGGGCGAGCAGCGAGCACGGCGCCCGGCACCGGCGGCAUCCCGGCCCGGGGCACGGCCCUCGGCCGCAAGCGAGCCCCGGCGACUCCGCAGCACCGCGUAAGAUGCGCCGCCAGGCAGCCGGGGCGAUGCGCGCUUCCCCCUGCUGCCGGGGAGCCGCGCUCUCCGCACCGGGGCCGGAGCUAUGAAUACCGCCCGGGGCUGCCCGCCUCGUCCCGCGCUACGCACCCGCGCUACGCUCCGCGGCCAUUUCCGCCUGCCGCCGCCGCCGCGAAACCUCGAGGCGCUUGCGGGAGCCGGGAGAGGCGCGCAGGACUGUAAAAUGGAUUUAGGAUUCAAAGACCGUAACAACAGGACACCUACCAAGAACACCUCUGCUACUACAAAGAAUUUUUCUGCCUGGGAAGAUUAUAAGAGUAGUGUUGACGACAUACAGUACUUUCUUAUUGGGCUGUACACGCUUAUAAGUCUGGCCGGCUUUACGGGAAAUCUGCUUAUACUAACGGCUCUACUAAAGCGCAAGCAGAAGACCAUAAUAAACAUCCUGAUUGGCCACUUGGCCUUUUCUGACAUCUUAGUUGUGCUGUUUUGUUCACCUUUCACACUGACAUCCGUCCUGCUUGACCAAUGGAAGUUUGGCACUAUCAUGUGCCACGUAAUGCCCUUCCUCCAGUGCGCAUCAGUUCUAGUUUCAACUUUAAUGUUAAUUUCUAUUGCUGCAGUCAGGUACCGUAUGAUAAAAUAUCCCCUUGCUGGCAAUUUAACAGCAAAACAAGGCUAUUUCUUGAUAGUGACCGUUUGGGCCCUUGGCUUUGCCAUUUGCUCCCCUCUGCCAGUUUUCCACAGAAUUGUGGACCUCAGCAAAACCCUGAAUUUAGAGGCACUGGAGAACAGGCUUUUGUGUAUUGAGUCAUGGCCUUCCGAUUCCUACAGGAUCGCCUUUACCAUAGCCUUACUGUUCAUGCAGUAUAUAUUGCCGCUGGUGUGUUUAACCGCUAGUCACACCAGCGUCUGCAGGAGCAUAGGUUCCAGACUGUCAAACAAGGAAAACAAGUUUGAAGAAAAGGAGAUGAUAAACCUAACACUUCAUCCCUCUAAGAGUACCGGCACGCGGGUGCAGCCCUCCAGCCGUGCCAGAUGGAGCUGCGCCUUUGGCAGAAAGCACCACAGAAGAUACAGUAAAAAGACUUCAAGCGUGAUGCCAGCUAUUUCAAGGCAUCAUCGGGAUACUCAUUCCAGAGACCUCCCAGAAACCUCUGGCACAGAAAAAAGCCAGCUCUCUUCCUCCAGUAAAUUCAUCCCUGGGAUACCUAUCUGUUUUGAGAUGAAACCAGAAGAAAAUACAGAGGUCCGGGACAUGAUUACCGUAUCCCGAUCCAUCAUCAGAAUAAAGACAAGAUCUAGGAGAGUUUUUUGCAGACUGACAGUGCUAAUCCUAGUUUUUGGUUUCAGUUGGAUGCCUCUUCACCUUUUCCAUAUUGUGACAGAUUUUAAUGCCACACUCAUUUCUAACAGACAUUUUAAAUUAGUAUAUUGCAUAUGCCAUUUACUGGGUAUGAUGUCCUGCUGCUUGAAUCCCAUCCUCUACGGGUUCCUUAACAACAGCAUAAAAGCUGAUUUAAUGUCCCUUAUUCCGUGCUGCCAAAUACCAUGAUUUUAUGCGCCCCAAGAUAAAAUAAAACAAACAAGUUUGGCUUUCAAGUCUACUGAUGUGUAUAGCUGUAAAUGCUAAAUUAGUUUAGCUUAGUUAGUCUGACUUGGUUGUGAUUAGUAGCAUUUUGUGCGAAUGGAUAGUUCUACGGCUGCAUGUAUUUUUUGCAUUGGGCAGAAGUAUCUACAUAUACUGUAAUAUUCGUCUGUCUGUUACACAUAGGAAAUCACACCCAGUGUACAACACCAGAAUACCAUUUUCAUUACCUGAAAUAUUGGCAAUCUGUACUUUGGAAUUAAACAGAAUAUAUAAUGAGUAAUAAAUGUAAGACUGCUUAGUAGACAUAUCAGUAUUAACUGUCAUAAAACUAUAAUAAAAUACAUACCGUUUACUAAA